AUGCGGACGCAGUACUUCUCCUUUGGAGAAGGCUCGCCCACCCGCUUCUUCACCAUGCCUCGCAUAUCGCUGCCCGCCAUCCCCGUCUACAUACCACAUCGCAUCCGACGGAAGUUCAGAUCAACGCGUUCAAAAAUCCGAUCACGAGCGACACCGACCUCCUCAAUAGCCUCCAUCGAAACCUCUUUCAACCCCGCAGACACCAUUCGAGCCCUUCGGACGCAUCAAUGGAGCUACUAUGACGCGCAAUAUCUCUUCUUGGCUGUGGUCGGCAUAUUCAGCUUGUGCAUGAUAGAUGGCAAGAGCCCUCUGUUCAAGACGGCGGUGGCGACUGCGCUCAUGACGAGCUUGGUGAUACCUAUCACAAGGCAGUUUUUCCUGCCCUUUCUCCCAAUCGCAGGAUGGCUCGUACUCUUCUACGCCUGUCAAUUCAUCCCCGGCGAGUACAGACCCGGGAUCUGGGUGCGAGUGCUUCCUGCAAUGGAGAAUAUUCUUUAUGGUGCAAAUCUGAGCAACAUCCUCUCAGCACACAAGAACUCGUUUCUCGAUGUGCUCGCGUGGUUACCAUACGGCAUCACGCACUUCGGAGCACCCUUUGUCUGCUCUGGGCUGAUGUUCAUCUUCGGACCACCAGGCACAACCCCCACAUUCGCGAGAGCCUUUGGCUACAUGAACAUGGCGGGUGUCAUGAUCCAGAUUCUCUUCCCAUGCAGUGCACCCUGGUACGAGAACCUGUACGGAUUGGCACCAGCUAACUACUCGAUUCCUGGCUCUCCUGCUGGUCUGGCCGCAAUCGACAAGCUGUUUGGGAUUGAUCUCUACACAUCAACGUUUACGGCAUCUCCACUGGUCUUCGGAGCUUUCCCAUCGCUGCACUCCGGAAACGCCACCAUCGAGGCGCUGUUCAUGUCGCACACAUUUCCAAAGCUCCGACCAUUGUUUGUCAUCUACACACUCUGGAUGUGGUAUGCUACAAUGUACUUGAGCCACCACUACGCCAUUGAUUUGGUCGGCGGUAGCAUCAUCGCAGCAAUUGCCUACUUCAUCGCAAAAGGCAGCUUCUUGCCUCGCCUGCAGCCUGGCAAGAUGUUCCGAUGGGACUACGACUACGUGGAGCAUGGCGAGGAGAAGGAAAUGUACGCAUACGGUAUUGCGGACAUUGACGAGUACGAAUUGGCACUCCACGGCGACAGCGACGAAUGGACAAUCGGAUCUUCUUCCAGCUUCUCCAGCAGCAGCCGCGAGCCAUCGACUGGCAUGCGAUCACCAGUGACCGACGAUUCCUGGGAAGGCGACACACUAGCUUCAUCCUCCGAUAACGAAUAUCAAAAAGCGUAA